AAUAGUCUGACGUUUCAACAAAGUUGUCAUUGUUUUUACGAAGGACGAAUUGUAGUGUCGCCGUCAAAUCUGUGUAUUUAUGUAAUUAAAAAUAGAAAAAUUCUAAAUUAAAACAAAAUAGUGUUUUUGUGUUUUUAAUUUUACAAACAAACCUAUUCAAAAUGGGAACUGUACACGCAAAGGUAAAUAUCGGUAACGCGAGUACGGUGGGGGGGAUGUUCGAGUUUGACGAGCCUAUUGACUUGGAGGAGACCUUGCCUAAACCUAACAUAAAGCUGAAUGGAGUUCGGGCUCGCGUCGACCGCGUCCACAUCGACGGUCUCAGUAGAACAAAGGAUGAUAUCGUACGAAGCACAGUCGAUGACCUCUUCCAUGCCACUGACUUUGAGGACGUCAUCUUGAGGGCUCAUAAGGUGCGCCGUGCUCUUGACUCUAUGGGCUGUUUUAAAGAUAUCGGAGUCUUCAUUGACGUAUCGAGUGGGCCAGGAGCGACGCCCGAAGGCUUAGAGGUAACUUUCCAAGUGAAGGAGCUCUCACGCGUAGUCGGCGGCAUCAAUACAACCGUCAGUGAAAAUGAAGGAAACCUUGUUUUGGGCGUGAAGCUGCCCAACGUGCUGGGGCGCGGCGAGCGCGUGUCCGCGGAGUACAGCGUGGGCCACCGGAGCUCGUCCAACUUCAGCGUCGCCGCCACCAAGCCUUUCCCGCACAGCCCGCUCACCCCCGUGUUAUCGACGUCGCUGUACCAGCAGACCCACGAGUACCCGUGGUCGGGCUACAAGCUGCUGGAUCGCGGCCUAUUGCUGGACGUCGCCUUUCGGACCUCGCCCAAUACGAAACACAAUUUGCAAUGGGAGGGUAUAGUCCGCGAGACGUCUGUGCUCAGCAAGACGACCACCUUCAAAGUGCGUGAGAGCAGUGGACCACAAAUGAAGUCAGUGAUACGUCACAUCGUGACGGUGGACCACCGCGACGAGGCGGUGUUCCCCACGAGAGGGACGUGGGUCCAGUUCAGUAGCGAGGUGGCGGGGCUGGGGGGAGGGGUGGCCAACAUACGGACGGAGCUGAAGGCUGAGGCCAAUAAGGAGGUCACGCCUGGCGUGGUGAUCCAAGCAUCAGGUGCUCUGGGAGUCCUACAUGACGUAUACGGAACAGAUAUACCAGACCACUUCUUCCUGGGGGGCCCGGCUACCGUCCGCGGGUUCAGGCAGAGGGGCGUGGGCCCCCACUGUGACAACCACGCUGUGGGGGGAACGGCGUACUGGGCGACGGGGCUACAUGUCUACACGCCCCUCCCCUUCCAGCCCGGUAAGGGGGGGUUGGGGGAACUGUUCAGGUCACACUUGUUCCUCAAUGCUGGCUGUCUCGCACAUCCUGAGGAAACGGGAGCGGCCGCGCUGGAAGCGUUGACGGAGGUUCGGCUCGCGGCCGGCGCUGGAGUGGCGCUGAGACUGGGGAGCGUCGCGCGCGUCGAGCUCAACUACUGCGUGCCGCUGAGGGCGCGCGCCGGGGACGCGCCCGCGCCCGGCCUGCAGCUCGGGGUCGCCGCGCACUUCCUGUGA